AUGGAUAUUGGUCGGGAAGAAAAGGCCUUAGCCUUCAACCAGGCCGACACUCGCUUCCACAAGCUUGGGAAGCGGCGAAGGGCUGCUCAGGAGGCCGGACAGCAGGCCCCUGAGCAGCCUGGACCGCUGAUCGACCCCAAUCUCUUCGCCAAAGAGAUCAGGGACAAUGGCAACACCAUGAUGGAGGCCAUAGCCGCCAAGAUAUCUGUGCUGCCGGCGCAAAUCAGGGAGGAGACACGAACAGGGGACAAGCUUAAAUCGUCCGGCGAGGCUCGGCCAUUUAAUGGCAUACGGUAG